AUGAAUACAAUUGAAUUUAGUCAACCAAUUAAACAUUCAAAAAUUAAUGUUUUUUGUAAUGUUUGUGAUGGAGAUUUCACAGAAACAAUUUACUCAACAUUACAAAGUUUGAAUAUAACCAAGUUAUGUGAACUUCAGGAAUAUUUGGUUCCAGCAAUUAUGGAAAAAAAGUAUGACAUUUUUAUUGAAUCACCAAAAGGGACUGGAAAAACUUUUGGCUAUAUUUUGCCAAUUGUUAAUUAUAUUUCUAAAGUUCAUGAAAGUAAUGAUUUUGAAGAUAAUGGAAAUCCUUUUGCUAUAAUUUUAAUGAAUGAUAUUGAAAUGUGUAAAAAAGUUUCAUCUGAAAUUACCAGAUUAUAUUCAGGUGCAAAAGUAAUAAGAAUAAUUGGAAGUGAAAAAGAAGUUAAUUUUAUUAAAGAAAUUAAUAAUGGAUGUGAUAUAAUUGUUGGUUCUAUUAUUAAAUUUUUUAAAAUAUUUCAACCAAUAAAUUUUCCCUUAAUAAAUAUAGAUAUAUUAAAAGUUAAAUUUCUUGUUAUUGAUGAAUGUGAAAAAUUUAUAUCUAAAUAUUGGGAAACUUACCUUAACACUAUAUGUAAUGAUACAUUCAAAAAACAAACUUCAAACCAAAUAAAAAUUUUCUCAACUUGUGGCCUUGAGAAUUGCAGUGCAGAGAUGUUUAUGGAAAAAUAUGCUCAAAAAGAUUAUGUUAUUAUGAAAUUUUUUAAUAAAAUUUCUAUUAAUAAAGAAAAAUUAGUAACAACUUUUCCAAUUAUUAGUGAAAAUUGUCCUUCAAAUUAUUUUCCAAAAGAAAAUUUAAAUGGUGAAAACAGUCAAAAUUCUACGAAACACCAUGGUAUAAUAUUUUCUCCAUCACAUAAUAAUAUAGUAGUUAAUAAUUACACGAAUCACCAACAAUUUACAUCAAAUCAAUCAUACAAAAAUCAUCUAUCUUUUCCAAUUAGAAAUCCUUUCUACAUUCAUAACGAUGAUUCUUUACGUUCAAAUUGUGUAAUAAAUAAAUCUUGUAAUGUAAGAUAUAAUCCAUUUCGAGCACAAAUUGUAAAUCCUUAUUUAACAGUUUCUCCACAACACAUUCUUAAGUUUGGUUUUGCAUCUAAUUUUCAAUAUCAACAAAAUACUUCACCUGAAAAUCAAAAUAAUUUCCAUCAAACAGAUGAUUUUAAAAAUACAGGAUUGGUAAAACAAUUAGAUAUAAUUGAAAUUAAUUUAUUUGAUGGAUAUAAAACUUUAUUAACUGUUGUAAAACAUUUAUUUAAUGAAAAAAAUUGCUAUAAAAUAAUUGUAUUUGUUACAACGGCUGAAGGAUGUAAUUUUGGAUCAAAUUUAUGUAACAAAAAUGGAAUACAAUCAAAAAUGAUAACUAAGAAUCUUAAUAUUUGUGAAACAAAAGCAAACUUGGAAUAUUUCAAAUCUAAUAAAAAUGUUGUACUAUUUGUUGAGGAUAAUUAUAAAUAUUCCCAAAUGGAUGGAAUACAUUCUCAUGUUGUUAUUUCUUUAAAUAUAUCAGAAACCAAAAUAUCCUUUGAUAAUAAAGUUAAAUAUUUAUGUGAUAAUGAUAACCAAGGUGGGAUUUUCAUAAUUAUAGGAUUCUCAAAAAUAAUUUUACAAGAGUGGAUUGUAAAGGAAUAUAAUUUUUUUAAUGUUAAAGAUUAA